UAAGGACGUGACACUUCCCUAGUAGCCUCACUCGUUCGGUCGUACGUACCCCCUGUUCUCACAAAUUCAAACAUCUUCUCACAAUUCCAAAUGCAACGAAACAACAACAGCUUCCAACCCAACGACCAAGCAGCUACCAUGGGAAAGUUCAUUGAAGCACGAGCUCAGCUUCUUACCACUAGUAGUGGCACAACUAGUACUAGCACCAGCAACAAUCAAGUGGAAGGACAGCAGAACAAGACCAAAGCUCCACCCAAACGACGAGUGACAUUCGAAGAAGAGGAGAAGCAUGUCCAUUUUGGACUCAGUAACAAUGUCCUUGUACACAGAGACGACGACGACCUAUUCAGUGAUAUCACUCAAAUGUGGUACACUCGCAGUGAGCUGAUUAAAAUUGCGGGAGAUAGCACUGUCAUGAUCAAGAAGGAGAAAAAGUUCUUGAAGGCCAACAACGAAGAUCAGCGAGGCCAAUUGCGACGAGAGGACAAGAUCGGAUGGACUUGGAGAGGAUUCGAGUACGCGCUCCACAAGUACGGAAAGUUUCGCCUUCGCAAGCAGCAUUGUGCCAAGGUUCUCAAGUUUCAACGAUCCGGCCGAUGCGAUCCAAUGGCCUUGGCCAGUUUGGCGCACAAUGACAGUAGUGGCAAUGGUAGCAUCCUUCGGGCUCGAUCCUUGGCUGUCAAUGAUCAGGUCGAGGCUGCCAGAAUACACAAAGAUUCCACUUCCAUCAUGCGAAAGUCCCGCACUUUGCCAAGGAACUUCAAACAAAAUGCAUAAAGGGAAGUGGGAUUUCUAAACAAGGAAUAAAAGAAGAAAGAGAAACAGGAUAAUGCAUAGGGAAACAACACUCGUAACGCUACAUUAGUCGAACUGGCCUUAGUUUAAUCAAACUUUGAAUCUAAAGAAUACACUUAAAAUUGUUG